AAUGACAUUCAGUAUUUGAUAAAAUGGAAAGAUUAUGAAGAAGAUCAGAAUACUUGGGAGUUCGUGGAUAACAUUUUGGAUAAGGAACUGAUUAAUACAUACUGGGACUCCAAGUAUGAUAAUGGCAUGUCAUUUGUACAAAUGAAACGUUUAAUCGAUGAGGGUGAAAUGUUCUCCAGGCCGUCCUCUACUGGAAAUAGGAAUAAAACUCGAUCGCGUGGAUUGCGACCUCCUGGACACGAUAUUCCACAAUUUUAUGAUCCAGAUUGGGAUCCUUGUAUUGAUAAUGUUGUUUCCAUGUUUCGAGACCCUUCUGACGACGAAUUAUACGUGGUUCUUUCAUGGAAAUUAGGAAAAUUGAGAAGAAAACAUACAAUACACACGAUGGCGGAAGUCAGGCGUAGAUGUCCACAAAAGAUAAUCGAGUUUUUCGAAUCCCGAUCAGCGUUUAAAUACGACGAAG